UUGCCUAUCCUUUCUAAAUUUCUCUCUCUACUCUCUUUCCUUAUUCUUCAUAUUUCAACUCCCCAAUAUCUUCAUUAUUCUCUUGUUUUGAACAAGGCUUCAAGAACUUAUUUCCUUUACUUUUAGUAUAUUUUGUUCUUUGUAUCUACCAUGACGGUCUCGUUACAUUCAUAUCGAUGUCUGAUUCUCUUGGUUAUUGUAUUGAUUACAACGUUAUUUAUUGAUACGUUGGCUUUGAGUAGGCGCGCUCUACAAAAAUCGAAUGAGUUGCCAAGUAAUGGUUUUAAGGUGAAGCUUAACCAUGUGGAUCAUGUGAAGAAUUUGACAAGAUUCGAGCGGCUGCGAAGAGGGGUGGCGCGUGGAAAGAAUCGAUUGCAUAGACUAAAUGCUAUGGUGUUGGCCGCCAAUGCUGCGGUGGGUGAGCAAGUGCAGGCACCGGUGGUUGCGGGUAAUGGUGAGUUUCUGAUGAAGUUGGCCAUCGGAACUCCGCCCAAAAGCUUCUCAGCGAUCAUGGAUACUGGCAGUGAUCUGAUUUGGACCCAAUGCAAGCCUUGUCAGCAGUGUUUUGAUCAAGCAACACCUAUUUUUGAUCCCAAAGCAUCUUCUUCUUUCUCUAAGAUUUCUUGCUCCAGCGAGCUCUGUGGACCUCUCCCGACGUCGACAUGCAGCAGCGACGGUUGCGAGUAUUUGUACACGUAUGGAGAUUCUUCCUCCACACAAGGUGUUUUGGCUCUUGAGACCUUCACGUUUGGAGAUUCAAGUGAUGAUCAGGUCUCGAUCACUGGACUCGGGUUCGGAUGCGGAGAUGAUAAUGAAGGAGAUGGGUUCAGCCAAGGCGCGGGGUUGGUGGGGCUCGGGCGAGGACCCUUAUCGUUGGUUUCUCAACUAAAAGAACAAAAGUUUGCUUAUUGUUUAACUGCCAUUGAUGAUUCAAAACCUAGCUCACUUUUGUUGGGAUCUCUAGCAAAUAUUAAACCUAAAACAACAAAAGAUGAAAUGAAAACAACCCCAUUGAUCAGAAAUCCUUCUCAGCCAUCUUUUUACUAUCUUUCUCUCCAAGGAAUCUCAGUUGGUAGCACUCAAUUAUCAAUACCAAAGACCACUUUUGAGCUCCAUGAUGAUGGAAGUGGAGGAGUAAUCAUAGACUCAGGCACAACAAUCACUUACAUUGAAAACACAGCUUUCACUCUACUCAAAAAUGAGUUCAUUGCUCAAAUGAAUCUUCCCGUCGAUGACUCCGGUACCGGUGGCCUCGACCUUUGCUUUAACCUACCAGCCGAGGCAACUCAGGUGGAGGUUCCGAAAUUGACGUUCCAUUUCGAGGGUGCAGAUUUGGAGCUUCCCGGGGAGAACUACAUGAUCGGCGAUUCGAGGACGGGAUUGAUAUGCUUAGCCAUUGGGAGUUCUAGAGGAAUGUCCAUUUUUGGAAAUCUUCAGCAACAAAACUUUAUGGUAGUUCAUGAUCUUCAGGAAGAAACCCUAUCGUUUUUGCCCACUCAGUGUGAUAGUAUAUGAAAAAGAAAAAAAACUUUAAAAGGAAUUUGUUUAAUUAAAAUGGAGUGAAAUGAAGGAAGAAUAUACAAAUUUGGAGUGAAAUGAUAUAAGGUUGUUGAUUAAACUAAA